AUGAUGGAAGGACACGUACGCGGGCAAUAUGAAAAAGAGGUGGCCGUGGUUACCGGAGGGAAUAGAGGGAUUGGGUUAGAAAUAUGCAAGCAGCUUGCUUCCAAAGGAGUCACGGUAGUAUUGACAGCGAGGGACGAAAAGAGGGGUGCAGAAGCGGUCAAAAAUCUUGCAUCGCAGGGGCUAUCCAACGUCCUGUUUCAUCAACUGGAGGUUGGAGAUCUCUCAAGCGCUGCACGUCUCGCUGAUUUUAUCCGGGAGAAAUUUGGCAAAUUGGAUAUAUUGGUCAACAAUGCAGCAAUUGCCGGGUCCAAAACAGAGAUCAGCAAUCCGGAAUCUUUUAAGUUAGAGCUUGCAGGCAUGAAUGCCCAGGAAAAGCUCGAAAGGAUUAGGAGGCACACCACAGACCCUUACGACAAAGCAGAGGAGUGCUUGAGAACAAACUACCAUGGCACCAAAAUUGUCACAGAAGCGCUUCUUCCUCUCCUGCACCUCUCAUCGCAUGGAAGAAUUGUAAACAUAUCAUCUCGUUUCGGACUACUCAGGUUUUUCAGUGGUGAGGAACUUAAAAAGGAGCUCAACAACAUCAAUAACCUAUCUGUAGAGAGAUUAGAUGAGCUGUCAGAAUUGUUCCUCAAGGACUUCGAGAAUGGCCAACUGGAACCCCAUGGGUGGCCGGUUGAAGGAGGGUACCCUGCAUAUAAAGUGUCCAAGGCUCUUGCCAAUGCCUGUUCGAGAAUCAUUGCAAAGAAGCACCCAACACUAUGCAUAAAUUGUGUGCAUCCCGGUUAUGUCAACACAGACAUGAACUUCCACACCGGAGUUCUCACGGUUGAGGAGGGCACGAGAGGAGCGCUGAUUCUGGCUCUCCUACCCAAGGGAGGUAUGACUGGAGCAUACUUGGACUGCACAGAGGUUGCAUCCUUCGUGGUCGCUGUGGUUACAGGAGGGAACAGAGGAAUUGGGCUAGAAAUAUGCAAACAACUGGCUUCUAAUGGAAUCACUGUAGUGCUGACAGCAAGAGAUGAGAAGAGGGGCGCCGAAGCAGUCAGCACGCUUGGGCUAUCCAACGUCGUAUAUCAUCAGUUGGAGGUCAGCGAUCCAUCAAGCGCUGCACGCUUAGCUGAUUUUAUCAAGGAGAAGUUUGGCAAGCUGGAUAUAUUGGUCAAUAAUGCAGGAAUUACUGGAACGACAAGUAACGUCGGCGACCUAGAAACUUUUCGUCAAGAGCUCGCAGGCAUGGACGAUCUCAUGGAGAGGAUCCAAACAAUCAAUAAGCACAUCACGGAACCUUAUGAGGAAGCAGAGAAGUGCUUGAGUUUCCUCUUCUGCAGUCCUCAUCCCAUGGAAGGAUUGUUAACAUGUCAUCUUACUAUGGACUACUCAGGUUCCAUCCUGCUCCAGUUUUUCAGUGGAGAUGAACUUAAAGAGGAGCUCAACAAUAUCGACAGCUUAUCUGAACAAAGAGUGGACGAGUUGUCAGAAUUGUUCCUCAAGGACUUCAAGGAUGGCCAACUGGAGGCUCGAGGUUGGCCUAAGGAAGGAGGGUUCAUUUCGUACAAAGAGUCCAAGGCUCUCGCGAAUGCCUAUUCCCGGAUCCUUGCGAAGGAGCACCCGUCGCUGUGCAUCAACUGCGUGCAUCCUGGCUACGUCGAGACGGACAUGAACUUCCAGGUUGGGCAUCUGACGGUCGAGGAGCUCUCAUGA